UAUAAAAUCAGUAAUUUACAAAACAUAUCUACAUAUAUACACAAGUGCAUGAUGGCUUCAUUGCGCCAGUUUUAUUUUACAAUUUAGCAAUGUGCAUGUUUUUUUCUCGUUUGCAUUUAAAUAUAUGAAUUAGUAAAACAUUAUAAUCUUCAAUUAUUUUUCCCCCAUACAAAAUGUUCUUGAAACAUUAACAGCAAGCAGUACCUGAGAAGCUUCAGUGUGUUUGCUGCCACCAAAAAAAAACUUGUCUUUCUCUAAAAUAAUCAGAAACAUAUGUCUGUUUGCCCUUUGGAUUUCUGUACAAGCAUGCCUUGUCAUCUGUAAAACAUUUUUUUUGUGCCUUGUGAGCAAUUUUCAAUCUUUUAGCGGUUUAUCAAGUAAGGAAAGUCCUCCAACCAUCGUUCACGCCAGUGAAGAGGUGCCGUUUGGAGGCUCUACAAAAAAACUAAAGCAAGUCAGAGAGCUGUAAACCACUUCGAUGUGGAGAAAUACUUCAUUUCUAUCACUUCGAAUCAAUCUGACUGUUUCGAAUAAUAUCUAGGGUGAUUUUUCACCGUUCAAAGUGUGAACAGAAAACACAAGUCAACGCACUUUGAUCGCGUUCGUUCCCAUAGCUUGACUCUCUACGGUUCUCAUGUGGUACUUAAGUACUGUCUCUCCCGGUGGCCGAACAUUAACAUUUUUGUUGGACAGCAGGCAGCUAAGACGAUGGCGGAAGUAGCUCCAGCACCAGCCGCCCCGGCGAAAAGCAACGCUAAGAAGAAAGCAGCGCCCAAGCCCAAAUCGCCGGGCCUUAGCGCCAGCGAACUAAUCCUACAGGCCGUCGCGGCGUCGAAGGAGCGCAAUGGCGUCUCCCUGGCCGCGCUCAAGAAGUAUUUGGCUAGCAAAGGCUACGAUGUAGAGAAGAACAAAGCUCGCCUCAAAACCGUCAUCAAGAGCAUGGUGGCGAAGGGAGCAAUAGUUCAGACCAAGGGCACCGGUGCCUCCGGCUCUUUCAAGAUGAACAAGAAGACCGAAACGAAGGCAGUCAAGGCGCCCGCAAAGGUGAAGAAACCCGCGGCCAAGGCUAAGAAAGCUGCCGUCAAGAAGGCCGCACCGAGCAAAAAGCCCAAAACUACCCCAGCGAAGACUGCCGCCAAGAAGGUUACCAAGAAGGCUGCGUCGCCCAAGAAAACGAAGAAACCCGCCAAGAGCACCAAGAAAACAGUCACGCCCAAAAAAGCUCCCGCGGCCAAGAAAACUGCCGCCGCGAAGAAGACCCCCUCCAAAAAGGCCGCCAAGCCUAAAACCGUCAAGAAGGCUGCAUCGAAGAAGUAAUUCAGCAUACCUUUUAUGCAAAAGGCUCUUUUAAGAGCCACCACAUAUUUAAAGAGCCUUCCAGUUUUCAAUACUCCCGAUAGUUGUAUGAUAACUGCAGGGUUGAUUGUUUUUGCUCAAAACAUUUUGGUGUCCUUUAGUUUUGAAAUAAGUAUAUUUUGUUACACAAUUAUCUGUCUUUAUUGUAUAUAUCAGAUUUCUUGGAGUUGGGACAAAACGUCCUACAUAA